CCAAUCCAAUCCAGAGUCAAGCGGCAUUACGUUUGAGAAGCGUGAAACCGGCGUUCUUUGUGCGUUGUCGCUACGUUGUCAAGUUUCUUCUCCAUACCGAAAACACCGACGCACCGUGUGCGAUGGCCUCAUUGCCGCUUAACCCGAAGCCGUUCCUCAACAGCCUGACCGGCAAGCCUGUGAUGGUGAAGCUGAAGUGGGGCAUGGAGUACAAGGGCUACCUGGUGUCCGUGGACGGCUACAUGAACCUGCAGCUCGCCAACACCGAGGAGUACAUCGACGGCAACUGCACCGGCAACCUGGGCGAGGUGCUGCUCCGAUGCAACAACGUCCUCUACGUCAGGGGCGUCGAGGAAGAGGAAGAAGACGGCGAGAUGAAGGACUGAGCGAGCCCACAUUCCCACCGAGGCGCAGCGUCGCCUCCGCGCGCCCCAAGACGCGACGGCCUUCAUCGUGUACAGCAGUAGCCCGUACUCAUUCUAUUCACCCACAAUGUGUCCAUAAAUGUUUCGUUUUCACUCCUU